AUGGCUGGGCUCAAGUUCCUGGCGUUGACGGCAAUCGCUGUCUUUUUACUGGCAAGGGGGCUACCUCAGGAACCGUUACAAACACCGCCGGUAGAGAGGGUAGACUGUUCGGAAGCGAUGAACGUAGCCCGUAUUGGUGGAAACUUCGUUGCACUCGAAGUUCAAGAAGACCCCACAAAGCAACUGCCUAUUACUACUACAACCACACUCGCGCCGCAAAAUACUAAGACCGCACCUGGUAAACCCAACCAAACGUACAUAGAUACAGUCUGCAGCGCCAUGAAAUCGGGCACACCCAUUUCGGAUGCGACUAAACCAGACGGCACCUUCGCCUACGCAGUGCAGCAAGGAGAACAAGUUGACUGUAAGGCCGCAGUUGAUUACUGGAAAAAGGCCUAUUCCGAAUUCGGCGAUUUACCUCCCGCUUUUACGAACUACAAGACAGCUCCAUACAAUGAUGCCAACAAUGUCUCCUUAAUAUCCCUAUUCAACCCUAAAGAAGAUCCCACGGUGGACUGCGCGUACUUCAAAUGCGCAAACACAGGCAACACCGCAGUGGAGUUGAAAGCACUGCUUUGUGUCACAGCCCCGAAGGCUUUGACAGCGAAGGCACAGCCUUUCACUGAAGAUGAGUGGAAACGCAUUAACACGGCUAUCAAUUCCGGCAGUGCAGCAGUUCCCACUGCCAUCGUUGUUGGUGCCGCCGCACUGGCUGCUCUUUUCUUGUAA